UUAAUAACUAGCAAUUAACUUCAUUAAUAGUUGCCAGGAGCAACUGGGGGAGUAGCUGAAAUAAAGAAAGUUGAUAAGGAGGAGAAUGGCUACAAGACGAAAUCAGUUAGUUGCUUUAAGGACAAAAAACAAAGAACUCGUUCAAGCACUUGAUGGAUCACGUCAAGAAAAUCGUAAACUAUUUGUACAGAACAUAGAAUUAAAGAAAGAGCGCCAGCAACUAAUGGAGCAAGUCAGUAGCCUGGAGACAAGACUGGGCCAGCUACUACCAGCACACAAGACACAAGAAUCAUUAGCUAAAGUUAUACAUAACAUGGAACAGAGUCUAACAUAUGCUCGAACACUCUUAACUGAAACACCUUGCUCCUCCUCUUCCUCCUCUCUCUCAGUUACCCCCGUUCACAUACAACCCUCCUCUGUUCACAUACAACCCUCCUCAUCGACCCCAGUUCACACACAACCCUCCUCAUCGACCCCAGUACAGGAGACACAUGGUGUACAGGAUAUGGAGACAGACCUGUUAGAAUUUGAAACCAUUAGUGUUAGCAACAGCAAGGGUUGCUUGCAGUCUACAGGAAUUCACACAUUGAGUACUGACAUUGACAAUACUCAAGAAAAUAUAAGUGAAAUAAGUAGUAGGCCCAGAAGAGCUUGUGCAUCUCUGGUCCAGUCUUACCAAGAACCAAGCUUGUCGAGUAAAAUGAGACAAGACAGGGCUCCUAAAAGGACUCUUAAAAGGGAUACUCCAGCAGUUCAUAGUAAUAAAAGAGGAAAAAGGAUUAGAAGAAAUGACCACCAGGCUGGCCUGAGUGAUAUCACAAAUAAACUGAGUGCAUUCAAGGAAUAAUACCAAAUUAAUAAUUAUAAUAUCAUAUCAAAUCAUCUCAUGUAUUGUAUAUAAUUAUUAUUAUUAUUUAUUAAUG